AGGCUGCAUGUGAGAAUGGCCUGCAGCUUUAAACAUAUCUCUGCUAGAUGUUAAAUCCAAAGCUCUGAGUGCUGGAGAUGGAGCUUUGGUAUUCCUUCCCAGCUCCAAAACCUUGGAAUUAAUCCAGCCAACAUUGGGUUCAGCACACUGACCAUGGAAUCUGACAAGUUCAUAUGUAUCCGAGAGAAAGCUGGUGAGCAGGCACAGGUCACGAUCAUUGACAUGAGUGACCCAAUGGCUCCGAUCCGACGGCCUAUCUCUGCAGAGAGUGCCAUCAUGAAUCCGGCCUCUAAGGUGAUAGCUCUGAAAGCUGGGAAGACACUUCAGAUCUUUAAUAUUGAGAUGAAGAGUAAAAUGAAGGCUCAUUCUAUGGCAGAAGAGGUGAUUUUCUGGAAAUGGGUUUCUGUGAACACUGUUGCCUUGGUGACCGAGACUGCAGUCUACCACUGGAGCAUGGAAGGUGACUCCCAGCCCAUGAAGAUGUUUGAUAGACAUACCAGUCUGGCGGGCUGCCAGGUGAUUCACUACCGGACUGAUGAGUACCAGAAGUGGCUGCUCCUCAUAGGCAUCUCGGCUCAGGUAAGCCUUGAGCUGCCUUUAGGGGCUGGUCUGAUCUCCCAGUGCAAGACUUCUAUUCCCCCAUGUCUGCACCCACAGGAGCGCUCACAUGCUUGCCGCUCAGCUCCCCCACUAGCCCUGCUCUCAUUGCACAUCAUUGAAGUUGGACAGCCUGCAGCGGGAAACCAACCUUUUGUAAAGAAAGCAGUAGAUGUGUUUUUCCCUCCAGAGGCACAGACUGAUUUUCCAGUGGCUAUGCAGAUUGGAGCUAAACAUGGUGUUAUUUACUUGAUCACAAAGUGUGGCUAUCUUCAUCUGUACGACCUAGAGUCUGGCGUGUGCAUCUACAUGAACCGUAUUAGUGCUGACACAAUAUUUGUCACUGCUCCACACAAACCGACCUCUGGAAUUAUUGGUGUCAACAAAAAGGGACAGGUGCUGUCAGUUUGUGUUGAGGAAGAUAAUAUUGUGAAUUAUGCAACCAACGUGCUUCAGAAUCCAGACCUUGGUCUGCGUUUGGCCAUUCGUAGUAACCUGGCUGGGGCAGAGAAGUUGUUUGCGAGAAAAUUCAGUACCCUCUUUGCACAGGGCAGCUAUGCUGAAGCCGCCAAAGUUGCAGCGUCUGCACCAAAGGGAAUCCUGCGUACCAGAGAGACGGUCCAGAAAUUCCAGAGUAUACCCGCUCAGCCUGGCCAGGCUUCUCCAUUGCUGCAGUACUUUGGAAUCCUGCUCGACCAGGGUCAGCUCAAUAAACUUGAAUCCCUAGAACUUUGCCAUCUGGUUCUUCAGCAGGGGCGUAAGCAACUCCUAGAGAAGUGGCUGAAAGAAGAUAAGCUGGAGUGCUCAGAGGAGCUCGGAGACUUGGUCAAAACCACUGACCCCAUGCUCGCUCUGAGUGUGUACCUUCGGGCAAACGUGCCAAGCAAAGUGAUCCAGUGUUUUGCAGAAACAGGCCAAUUCCAGAAAAUUGUACUCUAUGCCAAAAAGGUUGGGUACACCCCAGACUGGAUCUUUCUGCUGAGGGGUGUAAUGAAGAUCAGUCCGGAACAGGGCCUGCAGUUUUCUCAAAUGCUAGUGCAGGACGAGGAGCCACUGGCUGACAUUAACCAGAUUGUGGACAUUUUCAUGGAAAACAGUUUAAUUCAGCAGUGUACUUCCUUCUUAUUGGAUGCCUUGAAGAAUAAUCGCCCAGCUGAGGGACUCCUCCAGACAUGGCUGUUGGAGAUGAACCUUGUUCAUGCACCCCAGGUUGCAGAUGCCAUCCUUGGAAAUAAGAUGUUUACUCAUUACGACCGGGCCCACAUCGCCCAGCUCUGUGAAAAGGCAGGCCUCCUGCAGCAAGCACUGGAGCACUACACCGACCUCUAUGACAUCAAGAGGGCUGUGGUCCACACUCACCUCCUCAAUCCCGAGUGGCUUGUCAAUUUCUUCGGCUCCUUGUCGGUGGAGGAUUCUGUGGAGUGUCUGCGUGCCAUGCUGUCUGCUAACAUCAGACAGAACCUUCAGCUGUGUGUGCAGGUGGCCUCUAAGUACCAUGAGCAGCUGGGCACGCAGGCCCUGGUAGAACUCUUUGAAUCCUUCAAGAGUUAUGAAGGCCUCUUCUACUUCCUGGGCUCAAUUGUGAACUUCAGCCAAGACCCAGACGUGCAUCUGAAAUACAUUCAGGCUGCCUGUAAGACAGGGCAGAUCAAGGAGGUGGAGAGGAUGUGCCGAGAGAGCAGCUGCUACAACCCAGAGCGUGUGAAGAACUUCCUGAAGGAGGCCAAGCUCACAGACCAGCUUCCCCUCAUCAUCGUGUGCGAUCGUUUUGGCUUUGUCCAUGACCUUGUCCUGUAUUUAUACCACAACAACCUGCAGAGGUACAUUGAGAUCUACGUGCAGAAGGUCAACCCUAGCCGGACCCCAGCUGUGGUUGGAGGGCUGCUUGAUGUGGAUUGUUCUGAGGAAGUGAUUAAACACUUAAUCAUGGCAGUGAGAGGACAGUUCUCUACUGACGAGUUGGUGGCUGAAGUAGAAAAAAGAAAUAGGCUCAAGCUGCUGCUUCCCUGGCUGGAGUCCCGGAUUCAGGAAGGCUGCAAGGAGCCUGCCACUCACAAUGCACUGGCUAAAAUCUACAUUGACAGCAACAACAGCCCCGAGUGCUUCCUGAGAGAGAAUGCCUACUAUGACAGCAGCGUGGUGGGCCGCUACUGUGAGAAGCGAGACCCCCAUCUGGCCUGUGUCGCCUAUGAGCGGGGGCAGUGUGACCUUGAGCUCAUCCAGGUGUGCAAUGAGAAUUCUCUGUUCAAAAGCGAGGCCCGCUACCUGGUACACAGAAAGGAUCCAGAGCUCUGGGCUCACGUCCUUGAGGAGACCAACCCAUCCAGGAGACAGCUAAUUGACCAGGUAGUACAGACAGCAUUGUCAGAAACACGGGAUCCUGAAGAGAUUUCGGUCACUGUCAAAGCCUUUAUGACAGCCGACCUGCCUAAUGAACUGAUUGAACUGCUGGAGAAGAUAGUUCUGGAUAACUCUGUCUUCAGUGAGCACAGGAAUCUGCAGAAUCUGCUGAUCCUGACUGCCAUCAAAGCAGACCGCACACGGGUCAUGGAGUACAUCAGCCGCCUGGACAACUACGACGCACCGGACAUUGCGAGCAUCGCUGUCAGCAGUGCGCUGUAUGAGGAGGCCUUCGCCGUCUUCCACAAGUUUGAUAUGAAUGCUUCAGCAAUCCAGGUCCUGAUCGAGCACAUUGGAAACCUGGACCGGGCGUAUGAGUUUGCGGAGAGGUGCAGUGAGCCUGCGGUGUGGAGUCAGCUGGCCCAAGCCCAGCUCCAGAAAGACUUGGUGAAGGAAGCCAUCGACUCCUAUAUCAGAGGGGACAACCCUUCCUCUUACCUGGAAGUUGUUCAGGCAGCCAGCAGGAGCAACAACUGGGAGGAUCUAGUUAAAUUUCUGCAGAUGGCCAGGAAAAAGGGCCGUGAGUCCUAUAUAGAGACUGAACUUAUAUUUGCCUUGGCUAAAACCAGCCGUCUUUCUGAGCUAGAAGAUUUUAUUAAUGGACCCAACAAUGCCCACAUCCAGCAGGUUGGAGACCGCUGUUACGAGAAGGGAAUGUACGAGGCUGCCAAGCUGCUCUAUAGCAAUGUUUCUAACUUUGCCCGCCUGGCUUCCACCUUGGUUCACCUCGGUGAGUAUCAGGCAGCAGUGGACAACAGCCGCAAGGCCAGCAGCACCCGGACGUGGAAGGAGGUGUGCUUUGCCUGCGUGGAUGGACAGGAGUUCCACCUCGCACAGCUGUGUGGUCUUCACAUCGUCAUUCAUGCAGAUGAGCUGGAGGAGCUGAUGUGCUAUUACCAGGAUCGCGGCUACUUUGAGGAGCUGAUCUCAAUGUUGGAGGCGGCCCUGGGCCUGGAUCGGGCCCACAUGGGCAUGUUCACAGAGCUGGCCAUCCUCUACUCCAAAUUCAAGCCACAGAAGAUGCUGGAGCACCUGGAGCUUUUCUGGUCCCGUGUCAACAUCCCAAAGGUUCUGAGGGCUGCAGAGCAGGCACACCUGUGGGCUGAGCUGGUGUUCCUCUACGACAAGUACGAGGAAUACGACAAUGCUGUGCUCACCAUGAUGAGCCACCCCACUGAAGCCUGGAAGGAGGGUCAGUUCAAGGACAUCAUUACCAAGGUUGCCAACGUUGAGCUCUGUUACAGAGCCCUGCAGUUCUAUUUGGAUUACAAACCACUGCUCAUCAAUGACUUGCUGCUGGUGCUGUCACCCCGGCUGGACCACACCCGGACAGUCAGUUUCUUUUCAAAGGCAGGUCAGCUGCCCCUGGUGAAGCCUUACCUGCGGUCAGUCCAGAGCCACAACAACAAGAGUGUGAAUGAGGCACUCAACUACCUGCUGACAGAGGAGGAGGACUAUCAGGGCUUAAGGGCAUCUAUCGAUGCCUAUGACAACUUUGACAACAUCAGCCUGGCUCAGCGGCUGGAGAAGCAUCAGCUGAUGGAGUUCAGGCGCAUUGCAGCCUAUCUGUACAAGGGCAAUAACUGGUGGGCCCAGAGUGUGGAGCUCUGCAAGAAGGAUCAUCUCUACAAGGAUGCCAUGCAGCAUGCUGCAGAGUCGCGAGAUGCUGAGCUAGCCCAGAAGUUGCUGCAGUGGUUCCUGGAGGAAGGCAAGAGGGAGUGCUUUGCAGCCUCUCUCUUCACCUGCUAUGACCUGCUUCACCCAGACAUGGUGCUCGAGCUGGCUUGGAGGCACAAUCUCGUGGACUUGGCCAUGCCCUACUUCAUCCAGGUGAUGAGGGAGUACCUGAGCAAGGUGGACAGACUGGAUGCCUUGGAGAGUCUGCACAAGCAAGAGGAGCAUGUGAUGGAGCCGGCCCCUCUCAUGUUUGAUUUUGAUGGGCAUGAAUGAGACCCAGCUGAUUGCACUAAACCCUGCUUCCUGGGCCCCGGCCCUGCCAGCUUCCCCUAUGGAUAUGCCUCUGCUCCCAACUUCACCAGCCUCCAAUGUACAACUUCUGCGUGUAGUGGGCGCUGUCUCCACCCACUCUACCUGCAGAGUUACUAACUUCUCCAAGGAGUGUGUCACUCCAGCAGCACAGGGGACCGCAGUGGGAGGCAGGGACACCUGGACAAUAUUUAUUUUUGGUGAAACCCAAUGAUGGCAACCUCUGAGCCAUCCUAGAGCCUGGGGAGGCCAGGGUAGAGGCUGACAGCGCAAGACCAUCUUCAGCCACCAGCAGGGUCUGGACUCUGGGCCCUCCUGCUGGAGCCAGGGAUUCCUCCUGGGCGCCCCCGACUGGCUGGAGCUGCCCCCUCCAGGCCAGUUUGAAGACUACGUGAACACGUCUUCAAACACGUCUUGUUUGGAGGUACCGGACCUCAUAACAGGACUCUGAGCCUCCUGGCAAUCUUAAAUAUUAAAGUCGGUUUAUCCAGGCAAA